AUGACCCAAGUGGUUCAGCAGCCGGUAUUUCUCGUUCUACGGUUUAUUUUCGCUUUUCUCGCAAUAUUCGGCAAUAUUUUCAUCAUUGUUACGAUUCAAAGAUACAAAAAAUUACGCUCAAAAUCGUACAAUGGACUGAUUUGUUUGCUGGCUUUUUCCGAUGUGAUUGUCGGGAUCGGCUUGCUAAUCCGAGCAAUCGCCACAAUCGUUCACAUUCUCGAGGAGAGACACGAUUACACACCAAUGCAUUGUGUCUCGAUUGGAGCCACGAACAUCUUCGGCAUUCAUUUAAGUCAAUUGUCAAUGCUUUGCAUCGCAUUUGAUCGUCUUUAUGCGAUUAUGUCACCGAUUGGAUAUAAACAUCGCGAUCCUUAUUCUUAUCCACUCAAAUGCCUCAUCUUUUGUGUCAUCUUCAGCUGUAUGGGUCUUUUCUUUCUCUAUUUGGGUGUCGAGAAUGAUCACAUUGCAAAAGUUUGCAAUAUUGGCGACAGUCGUCCAAAUGGGAUCUUCGUUCGCUAUUGGACGAUUUUCUUCACCGUCGUGACGAUUCUACUUUUUGGUGCCUACGGGUUAACGGUUUAUUUCGUCCGUCGUGGUUUCAACAUUCAAUGCAAAGGGGAAUUGGAGAGGGAAUAUUCCAGACAAAAACGGGUUUUUGUGACGAUCUCGAUCGUUUUACUCUCCCAUUUUCUGUGCACAGUUGUACCGUUGGUUUUCAUCAUGGCCGGCGUCAUUUUUAAACUAUCAACCGAUUAUUUCUCAUUGGUGGUGCUUGUGACGGGAUUUCUUUCGGGAGUGAACGCAUCGAAUAAUAUUUUCAUCUAUGGUUGGAAAUAUAAGGAGAUGCGUCGUUAUAUGGGUUUAAUGUUGCGUUGUGAGGAUGGAUCUCAUUUACAGCGAGAGACUUCACUUUUCUUCUCGAAUGCCCGAGGGGAUGUUUAUGUU